AUGGGUGACUGGAGCUUCUUGGGAAACAUUUUAGAGGAAGUGAACGAGCACUCGACAGUGAUUGGCAGGGUGUGGUUGACCGUGCUCUUCAUCUUCAGGAUCCUGAUCUUGGGCACAGCUGCUGAGUUUGUCUGGGGGGACGAGCAGUCGGAUUAUGUUUGCAACACCCAGCAGCCGGGUUGCGAGAACGUCUGCUAUGACGAGGCUUUCCCCAUCUCCCACAUCAGGCUGUGGGUGCUCCAGAUCAUCUUCGUCUCCACGCCCUCGCUGGUGUACGUGGGCCACGCCGUGCACCACGUCCACAUGGAGGAGAAGCGCAAGGAAAGGGAGGAGGCGGAGAUGAACCGUCAGCAGGAGAUGAAUGAGGAGAGGCUGCCUCUGGCGCCCGACCAGGGCAGCGUCAGGACCACCAAGGAGACCAGUACCAAGGGCAGCAAGAAGUUCCGCCUGGAGGGCACGUUGCUGAGGACGUACAUCUGCCACAUUAUCUUCAAGACCCUGUUUGAGGUGGGCUUCGUGGUGGGACAGUACUUUCUCUAUGGCUUCCACAUCCUGCCCCUUUACAAGUGCAGCCGCUGGCCCUGCCCCAACACUGUCGACUGCUUCGUCUCGCGCCCCACCGAGAAGACCGUCUUCAUCAUCUUCAUGCUGGCGGUUGCUUGCGUCUCCCUCUUCCUCAACUUUGUAGAGAUCAGCCACCUCGGACUGAAGAAGAUCCGCUUUGUUUUCCAGAAGCCCCCCCAGCAGCAAGCAGAGGGGGGGCUGGUUCCAGAGAAGAGUUUGACCUCCAUGACUGUCUCUUCCAUCCAGAAGGCCAAGGGCUACAAACUGCUGGAGGAGGACAAGCCUGUGACCCACUACUUCCCCCUGACAGAGGUGGGGAUGGAGGCAGGCAGGCUGCCGACACCCUUUCAGACUUUUGAGGAGAAGUCCUGCGUGGAUGAGGUAGGGCCCCCUGAAGACAUGUCCAAGUUGUGUGAUGAGACCCUGCUCUCCUAUGUCCAGACCACUGAACAGGAGGAGGAGCAGAAGCAGGGGCAGGAACAGGACAAUGAGGAGGAGCAGCAAGAUCAGGAAGAAGAGGACGAAGAAGAGGAAGAGGGGGAGAAGCCACCCACCAAGACUGAUGUGGAGGCUACUGAGACGAUAGAAGACACCAGACCGCUAAGCAGCUUGAGUAAAGCAAGCAGCAGGGCCAGGUCAGAUGAUUUGACAGUAUGA